GUACAUGUCUUCUCUACGAAUUGAUGGAUACCAUAGUAUAAAAAGGCUCAGUUGAUGACUGACAUAGUUAUGCUGGAGGCUUAAUCUUGUCCAGCUGCUUGUCCAUUGUGCAUACUGCUUUGUCCUUCAGUUAUUUAGCAAAACGCACUUGUGCUUCCAUAUUCUAUUGUACGUUGAGGCAUGCCUACUACUUUGCUAAAACCCGACCUCGAACGCACGGGGAUUUUUAAGGAGAUGUCAUAUCAUACCAUUCGUGACCCGUAUGUGGGCCCAUUUGCUUCGCUUAGCAGUAACUUCAAAGGUAAGCAGAUGACAGUCAGUCAUGCUAAGUCGAAGAGUGCUCUCUCUGAUGGCUAUUUCACAGAAUUCCGGCGGACGUUUACUGGGGAUUCCAAGCUCGAUCUUGCAACGGUAUUUCGUAUGCAACGCAAGGAGGCAAAAAAAUUAAUUCGAGGGAAGGAUUGGAUGCCGUCCUCUUCAUCGAAACCCAUUACUAGCAGCGGUAGUACGUGCGAUACGUUCACGGGUCCCAUUGCAUUUUUCAAGCCUAACACCCGUCAAGUGGACAUUUUCACUCACCAAAGAAACAUUGUUACUUCGCCUGGCAAGAAGGGAUCAGGCUCCUACGUGAAUGUUACACUGAACCCGUAUCCACUUCACAUGGCUGACCCUUACGACCGUGCCGAAAAACUGCAACUUCGCGUAGCAACUGAACAACGUUCAUUGGCAAAGGGCAGAAAACCAUUUUACUCUCGAUUGCGUGAGUCGGAAUAUUUUGACGGAAACCCAUUUCGAGCUGUUAAGUUAGCCAAGAAAAGCCACUCAGCGCCUACAAAGCUUGUGAAGAAAGUGAGACCUCCAUUUAAGCCAUCCAACCCAGCUAAGAAAGAUGGUGGCUGCAAAGCAGGCUGCUUUAAUGCGUUCCCCACUUUUCAAUCCUCACCGGCUAGCUCUCAGAAGGGCAAGUUGCCACAUCAAACUGCACUUUACAUUCCGCGCUGCUGUCUUCCUUACCCUAUCUCAUCUAUAGUCGACAUAAAUGUAAGAAAGGUGGUUAAUACUUCGAAUUACAAGCGGGUGAAAUCGGUUGUAUACCCUCUUUGAUAAUGUACCUGUUUCAAAAAUCACGAGUAGUUUUACUCUUACCGAAUAAUUAGGUUUAUAUAUGUAUUUGCAUUGAAGGUUUUUUGGUGCAAAAUGC